AUCACAACCGUUGUCGACUCAGUCAACUGUCGUCUACAGUUGUACGCCCUCAGCCAUAAGGAAAGUGAAAAUUUAGAAAGUGUAAAGACUUGAAGAUAUUUAGUUGUGUAUAGCAAUAAUCAGCCAUAUUCUGUUUAUUAUCACCGAUUACCUGGAUAAAUACGUAAACAGGAAGUGUUUUACUUAAUUCCCAAAUUGUCCAAGUCCAAGCACUUUGGAAAUUGAUCGGCAGAAAUGGAGUCAGACCCAGAAUCUGCACCCAAAUCCCAGGGCAAAAUCCGAUCGAAUUUUCUUCUGACCUGUUCCAUCAUCAACAUUUUGAUUUCUUCGCUUUGCGAACGUUUUUUUCUGGAGGAUAGUUGGAGACCAUUGAUCGGCCAAAAUAAGUGGGGAUCGAUCACGUAUAUCGUGGCGGGAUUACUCGGCUUCAGCGCUUCCUACAAGCCAACAAGACCAAUAAUUAUUUCGACGACGGUUUUUUCUUCUUUAUCAAUCUGCUUCGCUCUCAUUUCCGGAUGUAUAACUUUGGCUCAAGGCUUCAGUCAGUGCCCAACGACUUACUUUCCGAGUCCUUCUGGGAAUAAUGGAGUUUGUUACUUUCAAGUUAAACAGCUAGUCUUGGCCAUCGUCAACCUCGUCUCUUUCGUUAACAAUGUUAUCGUCAUUGUUUUGUUGAGUAGAGUCUUCGUCUGUAAAUGUUGCCUGUCCGCCGACUCGUCAGUCCCAGUUCAGUUGGUAGUUCAGAAUCCGCCGCAACCGACGCCCAUGUGGGUCAUUCCCCCGGAUGGACAGCAGCCACAACUUCAGUCUCACCCGACGGUGGUCUACUCGCCAUACCAACUGCAACCGGUACCCCAACAAGAGCAGCAGCAAUGGCAGACGGAUCAACAUCAACAUCCACCCGGAUUCAUGGAUCAUAAAGAUCCCAUUUGUCGGUGACUAUCACGGAGAAAUCGCUUAUUUGUAAAUAACGCCAGACAUCUGGCGCAUAUAUAAGUAAUACACACCUGAACCUUAA